CUACAUAGCUAUGCGCAUGGCCGGCCCUGACAUGUACUCUACAUGUAUUGUGUGUACAUGUACUGCAUGGGCGCGAGGCCGAGGCCUGAAGGUCAACCCCGCUAUGCAUAUGACCUUAGGCUACACAACACGUGUGUCAGUCAUGUCAGUGCAGUUGGUAGCUGUGUUCCUUCCUCCAUGGUAGGCCUACACGAAGUUUUCUGAAGAAAGGUUUUCUUUAUAAAUAUCAAGAUGUUCAUGUGCAUAUCUUGGAAUGAUAUCCCAGUGUGAGGACUCUGCCAAGUACCGAUGUAGAAGAGGAAGUACAGUACGUGUACAUGUAGGCUAGCAGUGCAUCGUUGACUGUUGAAUGUUGUUUCACCAUGGAUGAUGUGAAUUCAAUUGAAGAUGAGUUCCACGUCAAACUUACGGAACCAGUUGAUCUUGAAGAACUGCGUAAGCCUGACAGUAAAGGCUCUGAGUUUGAAGUCCUGCUGCCAGAAGCUCCCAAAGAGAAGCAGUAUUUUGAUGAGGAAGAGGUAUUCAAACACUUAAACUAUGAGGCCAAUAAUAUUGGUGGGAAUGACUCAGGAGAUGACAGUCAGACUCCAUUUGAAGUUAUUGCAAAGGGAAUGUUCUCUGUAAUAAGUGAUGGCGGUGUCAAGAAAAGAGUGAAGAAAGUUGGUUCAGGUGAAGUCUUUCAAGAAGGUUGGACUGCAACAAUUCACUAUGAGGGUUAUUUUGAAUACUGCGACGUACCUUAUGAUUCCUCCAAACUGCGCAAUAAACCACAAAAAAUUACACUGGGGGAGGGCCAAGUGAUCCCCGGGCUUGAGAUUGCUGUAUCAACAAUGCGUAAGGGAGAGAAGUCUGACUUCCUUGUUUCACCCGAGUAUGCUUUUGGUCCAAGAGGCGUCCCACCAAGAAUUCCAGAAAAUGCAACAAUUCUGUUUGUGAUUGAGUUGCUGGCUAUAUCUGAGACUCCCAUUGCACCUGACAUGGAUACCUGGACAGCUGAAAAAAGGAAAGCAGCAACUUUUGACGAGAUCCUUGAAGUAGCAAAUGCUGAGCGGAAGGCUGGUAACGAGGCAUAUGAGGAGAAACGAACAUCAAAAGCAACGUCACAUUAUAUCAAGGCUAUAAGACUCCUUGAAAAUGCUAGACUAGCCAACCAGUCUGAAGAGGAUGAGAUGAGAAGAGUACUACUGAAACUGUACCUGAACAUGUCUAUAUGCUACAUCAAGCAAGGUCACUAUACAAGAGCACUCUCUAAUUGCACAAAGGCAUUAGAAAUUGACCCUGACAACAUCAAAGCAUUGUUCAGACGUGGCCAGGCCUUGCUUAGGAGUGGAGAGUUUGAUCAAGCUAGGCAUUGGCUGUCCAAGGCUCAGAAAAUAAGUCCCAAGAACUCUGCUAUUGAAGCUGAAUUGAGGCAACUUGGAAAGGUCAAGGCAAAGUUUGAGCAGCUUGAUAAGAUGAUGUAUAGCAGAAUGUUCGCAUCAGCAAAUACCACCAACAAGGAUGUGGACAAACAGGUCAAAGCCAAUGACACUAAGACAAAGGAUAAACAGAAGAAGUGUCCUCCAGAAGCACAAGAACUUCUCCGCACAAAACUCAAGGCAUUUGUUGAGGAUGCGGUCUUGAUGGAGAUGCCAUUUGCUUUGGACACUCUGACACCAGCUGAGACUGAGUACCUUGAGCAAGCUGCACUAGAAAUGGGUCUACAAGUCAGGACGCUACAUCAGAAUUCUGAGAAAUAUCUUAAGAUCUUCAAACCUAAUCCAGAAGCUGCAGAGUGAUGAGGGAUAUGAGAACUGAGCAUUAAACCUGCAUUUUGUUGAAAUCUCCUUGUCAGACUUCAUGGUUUCAGCAGGUGGUUGAAACAUUCCAGUCAUGCUACUGAUGUUAACUUUCAAGUAAGGAGGUAGUAGCUGGAUGGAAGACAUCAUGUUUGUUUCCAGAGAUUGGCAGGGGAAAUACCAAAGUGGUGCUUUUUUAAAUAUGUAGUUUUUAUUUUAGUUUUAUUUUAUUACAUUUUCUAGUGGCUGAUAUCAGUAGACAUAAAAUUAAACAGUGUAAAAAAUUGUAAAAACACUUAAGAUUACAACAUACAAGAUAAGAAACAAUUAGGGUACAAGGAAUAAGCCAGUGAGUGAGUGACAAGAUAGAACAUACUGAGUUUCUGUAUUAUUUGCCUGUUAAGAGUUAUAUUUGUGCAUGUGAUAAGUAUCAUAUGUUAAAACCAUUUCAGAGCAAGAUCUGCUUACGACGUUUUCUUCACUGAUUUGGCAUUUUAUUGAAGAGCAAAGCUUGCAGUCAAGAAUUUGUAUUAUGUGAUGCAUAUAAUUCCACAAGAGACAGUUUAUGUGGGAAAAUGGGAACAAAUGCGGUAUUUUUUAGAACAUCAUUGCUCGUCACUUUGUUUAAUGUUACUGUUGUUUAGCUGUGUUGCUGCCCUAACUGGUCAUAAUGUUGUAUAGUUUCUUCACACCAUCGACAGAAUGAUUUUGGCAAAGUGGGGGGACCAGUUGUUAGACCCUCAGGCUUCGGCCAUUAUUAGGCUGAUUCAUUAAGCCCCACUCCAUGAUAGAAAAAGUGCCCCCAGCCGAAAUAUACUACUCAAAAAAGGUUAAAGGUUAAGGAUCACUUUUUCUUAACGUGAAAUUUUUUUCAAGCAAUGAGUGGGGUCUAGUUCUUUCAUUUUUGUUUGCCUAGAUGGUGUUCUCAUUGGAAUAA